AUGGGGGGAUCCCCUCUAGGUUCGCCCCAGACCCCGGUGGGACCAAAGUACGGACUGUCAUCCACGACAGCCGGAGGCGAGAAUGAGUGGAGAGCCGAGCGCACCGGCGGGAGUCUGCAGACAGUGGCGAGGCUGGACGUGCUGGAGGAGGGGGUGCAAGCGGUCCUAUGCCAGGAUGCUAAAUGCACCAUCAACAACCGUAGCAUUAAAUACAAGUCUUACCAUUCAGGUGAUCUCAUCAUUGGUGGCAUUAUUUCUAUGAUCUACAUUAUGUCCAAUCUGAUCACUUUCAAAACAAUUCCAUCUGAAGAACUUGUUGAUGAUCGCAUCUAUUACAUGGCAACGUGGACCUACCUUGCUUCUAUGGAGCUUCUUUCUUCGCAUGACAGAUUCAUUCCCAACUACAAAUGCAGCAUCCACCGAGACUCAGUAUGUGCUAUUGCAGGACCCAAUUCCCAUAUCUCUCAAGCUAUGACAGACAUCCUGAGCAUUUACAAGAUUCCGCAGCUCACAUAUGGCUCUGCUCCAUUGAUGGAUAACAUGAUUCAUACAGCUUUCUUUUAUCAGAUGUUUCCAAAUGAACAUCUUCAAAUUAUGGGGAUCCUCCAGUUGCUGCUGCAUUUUAAGUGGACUUGGAUUGGGGUGAUUUGUCAAGAAAAUGAGAUUGGUGAAAGAUUUCUGCCAGAAGUACUUAAAAUGUUUUCCCAAAAAGGAAUCUGUUUUGAUUACAUUGAAAAGCUUCUACUAGAAUUUUUUUCAAAUGAGCUUGAAGAAAAAAUCAACAAUUUUCUGAAAGUAUACAAAGUCGUUAUGAGUAGUACCUCUGGUGUUGUGAUCAUAUAUUGUGAAAACCAUGCCAUCCCUAUUUUGAGAAUUAUCUCCUUUAUGUCAGAAUCUGUGGACACAAUAGUUGAGAGAAAAGGCAAAGUCUGGAUUUUGCCAGCCCAAAUGGAGUACACUUCAAUCCCACUUCAAAGAGACAUGAGUAUGGACUUCAUCCACGGUGCUCUUUCUGUUGCAGUUUCAUCAAAAGAAUUAUUAGCAUUUAGUACUUUUCUCCAGACAAGAAGCGGUGUUCCAGAAAAGGAAGACGGUUUUUCAAGGGUCUUUUGGGAACUGGCCUUUAAAUGUUCUUUCUCAAAAUCCACUUUAAACCCAAAGUCGGAGAAAAGGUGCACUGGGGAAGAGAAGCUGGAGACUCUUCCAGAGUCAGUUUUUGAACUGAGCAUGACGGGGCAAAGCUACAGUAUCUACAAUGCAGUCUAUGCUGUGGCACAUGCUCUGCAAGCCAUGCUUUCAUCCCACUCCAAACACAGAACAAUGGCUGGUAGUGGGAAAGAGAAGCUUCCGAAUCAUCAAGUGUGGCAGCUUCAUCACUACCUGAGAAAAGUCUCUUUUAACAACAGUGCUGGAGAAAAUAUUUUCUUCGACCAGAAUGGGAAAGUUGCAGCUGGCUUUGAUAUUAUCAACUGGGUCACUUUCCCAAACCAAUCCUUUCUUAGGGUCAAAGUUGGAAAAAUAAAUCCAUCAGCUCAACGAGGAAGACUUCUCUCUCUAUCAGCCGAUAAUAUUGCCUGGCCCAACUUUUUUAACCAGACACAACCUCCUUCUCUGUGCAAUGACCAUUGCUCCUUGGGUUAUAGCAAGAUCAAAAUAGAAGGGAAGCCAUUUUGCUGUUACAAAUGCCUUCCUUGCCCAGAAGGGAAAAUUGCCAACCAGACAGAUUUGGAUGACUGUUUCCAAUGUCCUGAAGAAACCUAUCCUAACAAGGACCAGACAUUGUGCAUUAAAAAACACACAACCUUCUUGACUUACCAAGAACCCUUGGGAAUCACCUUGACCAGCAUUGCUUUCUUCUUUUCUCUCAUCUCAGCUGUGGUGCUGGGGAUCUUCAUUAAACACCAGGACACUCCCAUCAUCAAAGCCAACAACCGGAACCUCACCUACAUUCUUCUCAUUGCCCUCCUGCUCUCCUUCCUUUGCACUUUGCUCUUCAUUGGCCAACCUGGCCAAGUGAAAUGUCUCAUGCGACAAACUGCUUUUGGCAUCAUCUUCUCUGUAGCCCUUUCCAGUAUAUUGGGGAAAACAACCAUUGUGGUUCUUGCUUUCAUGGCCACCAAGCCAGGCUCCCAAAUGAGGAAAUGGGUGGGCAAAAGGCUGGCUAACGCUAUUGUCCUUCCUUGCUCCCUGGUGCAAGUCAUAAUUUGUGCUGUGUGGUUGGCAAUUUCUCCCCCAUUCCCAGAUUCAGAUAGACAUUCAGUGGCUGAAGAAAUUGUUCUGCAGUGUAAUGACGGCUCAGCCACAAUGUUUUAUAUUGUCCUUGGCUUUAUGGGACUGUUGGCUGCUGUUAGCUUUACACUGGCUUUCCUUGCUAGGAAUUUACCUGACAGCUUCAACGAAGCCAAAUUUAUCACCUUCAGCAUGUUGGUCUUUUGUAGCGUCUGGGUGUUGUUUGUUCCCACCUCUCUGAGCACCAAGGGGAAGUAUGUGGUGGCAGUGGAGAUCUUCUCCAUUUUGGCUUCUGCAGCAGGAUUACUGGGCUGCAUCUUUUCCCCAAAAUGCUACAUUAUUCUUCUGAGGCCUGAUUUGAACAGAAAGGAACAGAUGAUAAAGAAACAAAAUUGA